AUGAUAUACAAUUAUGAACCGAUCAGGUGGCAACAUGGAUUAAAUUCAGAUUCGUGUGACAAAAUAUACAUACCACAACUAAGAGAUGACCACAAGCCAAAAUCAGGCCAAAGGUUUGAGUCAUUAGAUGAUGCUCAUGAGUUCUACAAUAAUUAUGCCAAGGAAGCUGGUUUCAUUGUCAGAAUCAAUUCUAGUAGGAAGAAUAAGGAAACUAAUGAAAUCCUACGAAAGGAGUAUGUGUGUUCUAAAGAAGAAGUGCCCGUUAAAGGAGUUGGUGAGAAAAAAAGGCGUAGAGGUAUUACUCGAGAGGGUUGUAAGGCAAAGCUUGUUGUGGUGAAGUUGAAAUCUGGAACCUAUGUAGUCAACCUAUUUGUGGAGGGUCACAACCGCCCAUUAACAAGUCUUAAAAGACAAAUAUACCUACACAUCAACAAUAAUGAAAGGAAUUUGCGUAAUGGGUUAAAGGGACAUGAUGCAGAUAUGUUGUAUGGGCAUUUCCAGCUAGAGCACAAAAAGAAUCUGUCCUUCACUUUUAAGAUUGAGGCUGAUGAAGAAGAUAGAAUUACUCCUUAUUUUUGGGCUGACACAAAAUCUAGGAAGGCAUACACGUUUUUUGGCGAUGUGGUUCUAUUUGAUAGUACUUAUAACACUAAUCGAUAUUGUAUGAUAUUUGCACCAUUUGUAGGGGUCAAUAAUCAUGGUCAAACAACAGUGUUUGCUUGUUCAUUCCUAAGUGAUGAGACAACUAAUUCUUUUCUUUGGCUAUUUAAGCAAUUUAAGAAAGCCAUGCCUGGAGGUUCCCCUAAAAUGAUUAUUACUUAUCAAGAUCCAGCAAUGACAAAAGCCAUUGUACAAGUUUUUCCAAAUAUAACUCACAAGUAUUGCAGUUGGCACAUACUAGAUAAAUUCUCAAAAAGGUUAGGUGGGGUCAAAUAUAGAGAUUAUUUUGAAGAUUUUAGAAAAUGCAUAUGGGAAUCAAAAAGCACAGAAGAGUUUGACUCAAAGUGGAUGAAGAUUGUGGAAAAAAGUGAGUCAUAA